AUGUCACCCUCAAUCACCCACCACCAUAUCACCCCAGCCAUCACCCCAGAACCAACCAACAACCUCUUCUCCCUCACCCACCGCACAAUUGCCAUCACCGGCAGUGGCUGUCACGUCACAGAUGAGAAGGCCAGGCGAACAAUUCCCUACUUCAGGAAAACCCGAGGUGGAGGAGACGGGGAUGCGCGGAGCUUGCUGGGCUGA